CGCACUAGAUAUCGCGAGAGGGCGGGCCCGCUUGGCUUUGGCUUCGGCUUCGGCGUCGGCGUCGCUCGCGCCUUGUAGCACUAGGCCGGCGUCUGCCCGCGAGUCGCGGGGUCAAGUGCUGGCUUCUAAGGGUGCGCGAGGAACCGCCACCCGUUCGGCGUUGGCUCUGGCGUCGGGGUCGUUGUGUCGUGACAACCGCUCCGGCAGCCGUUUCCGAGGCAGCAGGUGCGGCCGCUUGAGCCCUCAGCGGACCCCGCGGCUGCCUGCGGGUCUCUGCUAGUGCCGACCCUUCUCUUCGCGGAUCCCAAGCCAACCAGCGACCCUGAGCCGACAGCCGAAGCGCCCGGCAAUGGCGGCCUCGACGGCCUCGCACCGGCCCAUCAAGGGGAUCCUAAAGAACAAGACCUCCACGACUUCCUCUAUGGUGGCGUCGGCCGAACAGCCCCGCGGGAGUAUAGACGAGGAGCUGAGCAAAAAAUCCCAGAAGUGGGAUGAAAUGAACAUCUUGGCAACGUAUCAUCCAGCAGACAAAGACUAUGGUUUAAUGAAAAUAGAUGAACCAAGCACUCCUUACCAUAGUAUGAUGGGUGAUGAUGAAGAUGCAUGUAGUGAUACAGAGACCACUGAAGCCAUGGCACCAGAUGUCUUAGCCAAGAAAUUAGCUGCUGCUGAAGGCUUGGAGCCUAAGUAUCGGAUUCAGGAACAAGAAAGCAGUGGAGACGAGGAUAGUGACCUCUCACCUGAAGAACAAGAAAAAAAGCGACAAUUUGAAAUGAAAAGGAAGCUUCACUACAAUGAAGGACUUAAUAUCAAACUAGCUAGACAAUUAAUUUCAAAAGACCUACAUGAUGAUGAUGAAGAUGAAGAAAUGUUAGAGACUGCAGAUGGAGAAAGCAUGAAUACGGAAGAAUCAAAUCAAGGGUCUACUGCAGGUGACCAACAGCAAAACAAAUCACAAAGUUCAUAGAAGAGAUCAUUCAACACUGCAAUUGUUUGUUAGAUAUAAACCCUGUGACUAUAAUACAUUGCUUCUUGUUCUCCACAAUUCAUGACCUUAAGUACCAAAAUGCAUACCAGUUAUUAUAUAUUGCCAAGAAUUAAAUGAUAACCCUAGAGACUGAUUAGACUGAAAAUGCCUAAUUGAUAUAUAUAUUCUUGUGCCUAGUACUUUACCACAAAUACAGUGUAAUAUCGUCAGUCCAAAACUGCAUUACUUUUGUAAAAACACUGGUUAAUUUGUAAAAGAUAUUAUAUAGCUUUUUAUGCUUUAGAGGUUAAACAAUAUCUUUUGGGGGGGAACUAAUUUAUUUUCAUCAUUCUUAAUGUGGUGGUAGCUCUUAGAAAGUUUGAUGAUUUGUUGGUUUGGGUUUUUUUUUUUUUUUUUUUUAAUCAAAAGCCAGUUGAACAACAGGAUAUAUAGACUGAUAAAUAUUCAGGCUGAAUAAUAUUUUAACACUUGUCUUCAACUUGAUUUGUCUGUUGAAAAGGAUUAUAAGAGUUACUGUUGCAUUUUCUGACCUAAUACCUUUAAAAUUCCUGUUGCGUUUCUUUGUAUUUAUAGGGAAAGGACUGAACUUUUUCUCAUUGAAACUAGCUUUUUUCCCCCACAAAUAAAUUAUCAGGUUAAACUUGCA